AUGCCAUAUAGCGGAACCUGGGAUCCUUCAUCUUUGCUCGUGCUCCUCUAUCUGAUUGGAUACAUGAGUGUUGGAUCUCCUUUGUUGCCUCGAGCUCAUGUACUGGUGGAGAUGGGUCCCAUUUGCCACCAGAAAUUAUUUCCACAAAAAUUAAAAUCAAAAUAGACACAACCUUAUGUGGUGGAAGAAACAUAUGAUUAUGGGACUAUAAUGACUAAAGAUCUUAAAAGUAAUCAUAACUUUAAGGUAAAUAGACAAUGACUUAAACAUUACAUUGAAUAUGAAUGCCUUGCAGAAAAAUAAAUCUUAUUAUUAAAAAAUAUUCAAGAUUAAGAUUAAUGUGUCAAGCUGAGGACAUUAAACUCAGCACUACAUGAGAGGCAACCCAUGCUUUUUAUUUUAUUAAUUAUGUUUUGUCUUUCUAAGUUUUCUUUUUUUAAAUUUCACAACAUUUGUUUCUAUAUUUAUUCUAUUCAAAUCAAAGUGCAAGAAGUGUGUAAGACGAAGUGUAAAAAUUAAAAACAAGAUUGAGAUGAUGUUUUUUUGAACUUUAUCCUUUACGACAAUAUUUUUAAUGCUUAACUUUGCAUAUACGUAUGCUUCACUUGAAAAUUAUAAUUUUUGCAUAUUUCAUUUUAAUUUUUUUGUCAUUGAUGACAAUGUCAUUUUUAAGGUGAGGAUGAACUAUUAAGCCUCAAUUUAUGCUGUAGAAUGACUCAAAUCAUGUGUUUGCAUUUGAUUUUAUGAUCAACUAUAAAAGCAUCAAAACAAAUAUUAGAAAAACUAUAGCAUAAGGUUUCUGAUUUUUUGUUAUGAACUAUAGAAAAUAAUUUAACAAAUUGUCAAAAACAGCACAAAAAAUAGUCUUAAAUUUGAAAAUUCUAGAGACCCUUUUCUCAUAUUUCAAUCACCUAGACAUAUAUUUCUGAAAUUCUUCAAAACUUAUAAUUGUAAAGAGGAUAAUCGCCAUGAGAGGAAGUAGAUAGAAGUAGAGAGAGAGAGAGAGAGUUUGCCUAGGGUGCAUGAUAAGUCUUCAUUAUCAUGAGUUAAUAAUCAGUAAAUAAUAUAGUUUUAGCCUUAACUCAUGAUAAAUAGACUUAUAUUUGUGUUAAAGCAUGAAAAGUGGUUUUCAGUUGAUUAACGUGAAUUUUUGGGUAAUUAUGUGAUUUUAUACGAUUUUUACAGUCUUAGUUUUGAGAUAAAUGAAGAACAAGAAAUAAAAAUAAAAAUAUUGCAAAAUGGGGGGAUCCGCCGGCCAGCCGGGCCCGCAAGCGGGUCGGAAGCGCAGUCGGGGAGUAGCCGCGAGCAGGGACUCGAGCGGCUUGGUUGGAUCGGUAGGGGCACGUGUGCGCCACUCCCCUUCCACGUCACCGGUGGUCAGCCGGCUGUGGGGCAAGGAGUGAUCGUACACGCGAGAGGACUUUGCCUAGAAAGCUAACUUUACUCUAUAUUCGCCCGAAUAAUCCGCCCACAACCGAUGUGGGACUAAAUCCACCUUGUAAGGGGCGGGCGACCGCCGCGGGUUCGAAUCCUCCCAGAGUCAAAAUUCAUAUAUUUUUAACUGAUUAUCGCGAUUUCCUGCAGAUCGCCGGUGAAGGAUUAAGCAACCGGAAUCGCUGGAUCAUCGGCGAAAAUCUCGUCAACGCGAUUCGCGGAGCAUUGCUACUAAAAUUUCUGAACGAUUCGCGAUAAAAGGAUCGCAAUCCAUCGAGUAAAUCAUCUCCGAUUGAUCGACGAACAAGCCGUCGUCGGGAAGAGGACGAUCCGCCGGGAGACCAGUCGCCACCUCCUGAGAGCGUACCAGAUGCGAUGAAGAGCCUCCUCUUGCUGCGCGGACCUGAGGAUGAAGCUCCCUAACACGCGCCUCACCUCCAUCCAGCCCCUCUCCGUCGGGUGACAGCCGCCGGAGAGCCGCAAAGUCGCCGUUUUUCCGCUCCGCCGGGUGACAGCCGCCGGAGACGAUUCGACGACCCACUUCAUUGGUCUCUAGACUUCGCGAGAAGAUCUAGAGAUUGCCCACGUCGUCUUUGUCCAAGGAGAGCCUUCGAGGCCGUGGACACUGCACGACGACCCUCCCGAACGCUCAGGAUUCCGGUGCAUCGCCGACGCGUCGCCGUCGCGACGCCGGAACUCUGUUUUCCUGCUUUAUCUAGAGAUUGCCCAAGUCGUCUUUGUCCAAGGAGAGCCUUCGAGGCCGUGGACACUGCACGAGGAUCCUCCCGAACGCUCAGGAUUCCGGUGCAUCGUCGACGCAUCGCCGUCGCGACGCCGGAACUCUGUUUUCCUGCUUUCAAUUUAAUUUACGCUUCAUUUAG